GUCAUCACUACUUUGCCAGCUCGGUUUUUAUUUACUUUUCUGCGGCGCGUUUAAUCAAAGAACAAAAGAGCGAAGUUUGUGACAAAGACCGAGUUCUACGCUCAAUGGUUAGAACAAGUUGUAAACGUAGACAACGCUCCCCCAUAGAAACCAGAAGAACUCCAUUUAAAGUUAGGAUAUAGCAACAAACAUCCAAUCAGCGGCACCAAACUUCUUAUCACCAAAAAACGACGAUCCCAAAAAACAACAACAACAAAACGACAAUACAAAAGAUAACAAGAAAACAAGUUGUUGUUCCGCUGAAUCGGAAUUUCUGCGCACGGAGAAAGUCUCGAGAACUUUGAAGUCUGACGUGUCGCUCGAUUAAGGGUGAUAGCAGAUAGAAGAACGGUUCGGUUAUGUGUGGAAAUCCAGCUGUGGGAAACGGAACGAGGGCGCUGAUUCUGGUCGGUGGCUAUGGCACCCGUUUGCGACCCCUGACCCUCAGCACGCCCAAGCCAUUGGUGGAAUUUGCCAACAAACCAAUACUGCUCCACCAACUGGAGGCACUUGUGGAUGCGGGAUGCCGUCAGGUAAUCUUAGCCGUCAGCUACCGAGCUGAACAGAUGGAAAAGGAGCUGAAAGUGGAGGCUGACAAACUGGGCGUAGAGCUGAUCUUCUCACAUGAGACUGAGCCCCUGGGAACAGCCGGACCCCUAGCUCUGGCGAAAACCAUUCUUACAGCUAGUUCAGAGCCAUUCUUUGUGCUCAAUUCGGAUGUCAUCUGCGAUUUCCCCUUCAAGCAACUUGUCCACUUCCAUCGUAACCAUGGCAAAGAAGGCACCAUCGUGGUCACGAAGGUCGAAGAACCCUCGAAAUACGGAGUUGUGCUAUACGACGAGAACGGCUGUAUCAAGAACUUCAUUGAGAAGCCACAGGAGUUCGUUAGCAACAAGAUCAAUGCCGGCAUUUACAUCUUCAAUCCCUCAGUCCUGGACCGGAUCGAGGUCAAGCCCACGUCAAUAGAGAAGGAGGUAUUCCCAGCGAUGGCCCAGCAACAGGAGCUGUAUGCCAUGGAUCUAACUGGAUUCUGGAUGGACAUCGGGCAGCCUAAAGACUUCCUAACCGGCAUGUGCCUUUAUCUAAGCUCGCUGCGCCAGAAGCAAUCUACCAAGCUGUACACAGGGCCUGGAGUAGUGGGCAACGUACUAGUGGACCCCACGGCCAAGAUUGGCGAGGGCUGCCGCAUUGGACCCAAUGUAACCAUUGGUCCGGAUGUGGUCAUCGAGGAUGGAGUGUGCAUCAAGCGCUCCACAAUCCUAAAGGGUGCCAUUGUUCGUUCUCACUCCUGGCUGGACUCCUGCAUUGUGGGAUGGCGCUCAACUGUGGGUCGUUGGGUUCGCAUUGAGGGCAUCACCGUGCUGGGCGAGGAUGUUAUCGUCAAGGAUGAGCUCUACGUUAAUGGAGGCCAGGUCCUGCCCCAUAAAAGCAUUGCUGCCAGUGUCCCGGAGCCGCAGAUUAUUAUGUGAGCCGUUGGCCCCAUAUAAUUAGUGUAUAUACAAUCUAGUUUCGUUCAGUUCCGCCGUUUCGGUAUUCGAUAAAGGUGCCUUCUGCUUCAAUGCUCUCACCUACGAUUUGCAAUAUUCACACGACAAAGUUAAAAAUGAGAAACAUUUCCAUCAGCUAGCCUUGCUUUCUAUUUAUAAACUAGAGCUCAAUUUCCUUCACUGAUGAAGGUGGUAAAACUGACUUAUUGUCUGAGCAAGAAUGCCUCAGCCGAACCUUUUUGUACUUUCAUAAGCGAAGUAUAAGUCUUAUUUUUAAAAUUAUGUACGAUAGUUAAAUAUACAUAUGUACGUAUUUACUAAAAUACCCAAAAGCA